AUGGAUCUGGAGAGCAGCCUUCGUCAGUUCAUCAACCACUCCUUUGAGGCGAUCGCGAGCAUCGACUCGUCCUUGAAAUUGCUGACAAAAUUCCAGGCUAUCCUUCAACGAGACAGUCUGCGGCAGGAUUUGGAAAACAAGUUCGCGGUGAUUUUCCACAACUACGGGCUCGAGCUGACACACGUGCAGGACCAGUACGAGAAGUACAAGACAGGUCCGCCCCUGGUCCGAAACCUGCCGCCCGUGGCUGGGCACAUCACCUGGUCCCGGCACCUCUACAGGCGGAUCGAAGGGCCCAUGCAGAAGUUCAACACGAACCCCGCUGAUGGGGAGCUCAAUGUCGAAGCCGUAGGUUCGCUUUCGGAGCUGUUUACUUCCAUCCUCACCAUGGAUCACGGCAGCCUUGAGGAUCUACGCGUGUGGCGGAGCAUCAUGAGAGGUUGGCAACAGCCUCACAUGCAACAUGACAUCAGUGAGUUUGCGGAGCAUGCCCUCCGGCGGUUGAGACCUGAGACUCUGCAAGGAUCUUGGUCUGCACGCCGUGAGGACCCUGUCAUACGUGUGCUUGAUUGCGGAGACCUGUGGUCACCUAUAACCCUAGCAAUUCCACCCAGGGCGACUGAUCUGCAGGAGUGUAUCCAGAACUGGCAUGGCCAGUCAACGAUCCAUGCACUAGAAGGUGAAGCGCCUGUCGUCAUGUUCCAGUUAGGCCGUUUCCAUGACACUGCCAGUACAGUGAUCACCAAGAACUGUCAGUCAUUGAAGCUGCUACCACAGGCCCUACUGCCUGUGUUCAGUGGAGGCCUAAGGACCAGAUGGCACGCGUACACCCUCUCAGCCUGUAUUUUCCACAUUGGUCAGUCGCCCCACUCAGGUCACUACAGGGCCGUUCUGAUGGGGUAUGCUGUUCCGGGGAUAAGCGACGGCAUGACGGAUGCUGGCACUGGUGAUGCUGGUGGCACCACUCACCAAUAUGUGACAGACGAUGAUUGUAGUGCUAUCGAAGUCACUCCUGAACUGCAGACGCUCUGCGAACAGAACUCGUAUCUGCUGUUUUAUGUUAGAAGUGCCGAGUGA